ACACACCAACAUAUAUAGAAUGUCUCAAAAGAUUAGAUGACUUUUGCUCUCUUUGGAAACUAUCAAUUAACAGAGAUAAGACUAAAAUCAUGAUUUUCUCAAAACAUGGCAGGACAAGUAAGCAACAGCAAUCAACUUUCCGAACACAAGGGCACACAAUAGACAUCACUAAAUUUUAUACUUACUUAGGCAUAGAUAUCACCCCAUCAGGGUCAUUCUCACGGGCUACUAAACAGCUGCGACUAAAAGCUCUCAGGGCCUCCUUUAAACUCAAAUCCUUACUAGCAUCAAACCAUAACCCAUCAAUUUCCCUUGCCCUUGAUCUGUUCCAUAGUUUAGUCAAACCUAUAUUACUUUACUGUGCUGAGGUACUAGGGACAAACAUCCAAUGUAGAGACUUGAUCUUUAAUGGAGUACAGGAAUAUCCUGCUGAAAAUAUACGGGAAGGAAUUUAUAACAUCCUUUCUCCGAUAUUAGGUUCAAAUAUACAACUCCUAAAGGUUACACGAUUAGGAAAGAAGAACGAUGUGACAUCGCCUCGUCCUGUUCUAGUCCGGUUUAAGAGAUAUAGUGACAAAUUAAAUAUUCUAUAUCAAUCGGAAUUACUAUCGAAUCAAAAUAUUUUAUUGACACAUCCCAAAUUCUCAUAUGAAGUGUCUGAUCUAGAGCAUGUUCUUCUCAAUUACUGUAAAAUCCUACUUCAAGUUCCCAGAAGUUCCGUUAAUGCCGCCGUAAGGGGUGAACUCGGAACAUUUCCAUUAUACAUUGAAGCCCAAUCUCAACUUAUUAAAUAUUGGCUUAGACUACAAAACCUUCCAAACGAUAGAAUAGUUAAAAAAGCUUACGAUUUUGCUGUUGAACAAGAACAGGACUGGGCCGUACAUGUACAAGACAUAUUGUGCAGACACGGUUUCCAAAAUGUUUGGUUAAACCCUGCAGUUGACGCCAAACAUUUUGGAAACGUGUUCAAGGAACGUCUGAAAGACACGUUUGUUUCUGGCUGGAGGCAAGAGAUAAGAAAUUAUAGCAAAUUGCAAACCUAUUCUAAAUUCAAGACCAACUUCACUCUCGAAAAGUACCUUUCAUCAAUUCAAAAUAAAUCAUUUGUUGCUAACAUAACAAAAUUGCGAAUUAGUGCACAUUGUUUGGAGAUAGAAAAAGGUCGAUAUAAUAAUAUACCAGCCACUCAGAGACGCUGUCCUACUUGCAAUCAUGGUAUCGAAGACGAACUACACUUUCUAUUAUUAUGUCCCACAUAUACUGAGGAAAGGCAGAAGCUUAUGGACGUUAUCAACAAGACUACAAACAUAACAUUACCUAAGACAAGUUCAGAAACUUUCAAUUUACUUAUGUCAUGUCCUGAUGCAAUUUCCUUGUACAUAGGCCAAUACAUAUCUACUGCUUUUCAAAAAAGGAAUCGUAUUGACACAAACACUUGAUGUUAACUCUGUAUCGUGUACCACUAUGUUCUAGUAAUACCUGUUUCCCAUGAAUUAAUCCGCUCAGCUAAAGUAGCAUAGCGACUAGUCAUUUGUUACAUAGAACCCUCUUACCAUUGUUAUGUAUAAGCAACCACGUAGAUAUUAGUUUUGAUGUUCUGUACAUGUAUUACACCCGAACUUGCCAUACAUUGUACCCGUACAAUUGUUGCGCAA